GGGAUCAGCCCCAUAGACGCCCGCGGGGCGCACUGACUGAAGGGUUUCCCGCCAGCUGUUGUUGGGCGCUAAUCAUGGUGGACAUCAUGGAGUUGCCCAAGGCGCGCGUCAACGCCAGCAUGCUGCCUCAGUUCAUCGACCGGCCAGUGUGCUUCGUAGGGAGAUUGGAGAAGAUUCAUCCCACUGGAAAAAUGUUUAUUCUUUCGGAUGGAGAAGGGAAAACGGGAACUGUUGAGUUAAUGGAGCCUCUUGAUGAAGAAAUUUCUGGAAUUAUAGAAGUAGUUGGAAGAGUAACGGCCAAAGCAACCAUCAUGUGUGCAUCUUACGUCCAGUUUAAAGAAGAUACCAAUCCUUUUGAUCUUGGACUUUACAAUGAAGCUGUGAAAAUUACCCAGGAGUUCCCUCAGUUUUUCCCUCUAGGAGUUAAACAGCAUGAAUGAUCUGAAGAAUAUUAAUGGAGUCCUGUUCCGUAUGACGGAGGGACUGCUGUAGUUUCGAUUAUUUCCUCUGUUUAGAAUAUUUCGUAUGCUAAAGUCCCAACUCUCUAGUUUUUGAUGGAAUUGCUAUAUUGACAGUUCUCACCUAAGUGCUUUGACAAAGAGCUGCUUCUCUAGCAUACUCUUGGAUCAGAUGAAAGAUCCCAGCAGGUUUGUGAGUUUAGGUUUCUAUUUUGUUAAUAAAAAUUAAAUGGUCCACA